AUUAAGAGCGAUAAAAUGCACUCUAGUGUUAUUUUGAGACAACUACUCUGUUCCAUUUAACGAUGUUUGGCAGUGUUUCACAAUGUAACGCAGAGACCCUCUGUGUUAGUAAUUGGAAAGCAACGAAUGUUAGAUUAAAUAUUAGUCAUGAAAAUGGUUCUUAAGGUUGGUUUUUGGUAACGGUCAGACAUAUUACUCUACAUGUGACGGGAUUACUGUUUUUGAAGCACCUACGUUGACAGUCGAUUGUUUUUGGACAAAAAAUUAUUGACCAAAAGAAACUAUAAUUUACGUUCGUCAUUUUCCAUUUAAAAUUUAAAAUAAUAACUUACAUAGUCAUUGUUUACAAGACAUUACCAGUUUAUUUUGCAUAUGUUCUUUAAAGCCAGAUCAUAGAAAGUGAACAGUGUAUCUGAGAAAUAUAAAGUUAACCGUGUAGUAUAAUAAAGUCGCCAACAAUGAGCGACGAUCAGACAAACGAACCAACUGUCGAGUUGUCGUCAAACGAUAUUGAAAAGUUAGAAGAGGCUAAGCUGAAAGCUAAAUUUCCUAAUGCACUUGGACGUCCUAUUAGUGGCCAUUCGGCAUUUUUACAAAAAAGAUUAGCCAAAGGUCAAAAAUAUUUUGAUUCCGGUGAUUAUCAAAUGGCAAAACAAAAAUCAGCGGCUAAGCCAAAACCUGCUGGCAUUUUACCAACAGGUGAUGCUAUUCCUACGCCAGAAACUGUGCCGCAGCGUAAAACUUCUAUUAUUCAACAAAAAUUUAAUACAUCAACAACAUCUUAAGGUUAUCACUAUAUAUUUAAUAGUAAUAGUUAUUAAACAAACCAUCGUCCAAUUAAUAUGGUUCGAUUAUACAAAUUAAAAACAAAUUAGUUAAGCAUAGUCAUAAUUCUUUAGGUAGAGAAAAAGGAGAGAGAAUUCUUAUUCUUUUAUCUUUAAUUUUGCUAAUAGCAUGUUAUAAUAUUACUCAAUAAUUAAUUCAUUUAUAUAUUGCUAAACACAUAAUGCUAAAAUUGUCUUUAAAAAAACAACAAAAAAGAAAAAAAAAUGUUUGAAAUAUUUUAAUAUAAUAAGUAGUGUAAGAUCCAUACAUGCAAUAAUUUUUACCUGACUUGUAAUUAAUGGUUGGAAAAUAUUUGACCUAAUUAAGAGAUAUGAUACGUUUUAUUAAUCAUUACUUUUGUGUUUUAUUUUUUUUUAUUUCUUAUUAAAAAAAUUUGUAUCACAGUAAUUUAGUUGAUUUGAUUAUUACAAAAUCUUUACUUUGAGUUUUUCCGAUAAAUAAAAAAAUUCCAACUUUAUAUAUACCAUCUAAUUUCAAAAUGAUAAAUCAUAUAAAAUAAGAAAAUAUACAUAUAAGAUACUGUAAAAUUACGUGCAUGACAAAAGUAGUAAUGAUGUACGAAUGAUUAUUAAUUAAUAACGAAUGAAAAUAAAUCCAGUGCUCUAUCUACGCAAUAGAGAGAGAUUCAGGGUAAAAGAUAAUAUUAAUAAUACAGAUAUGCAUUUUAAAAGUUGCUGUGAUGCACUUAGUAAGAGUAUUUUCUUAUAAGGAAUUCAGAUUGUCCUAAAAAUCUGUGUGCAAAGUAAGAUGAAUCACAAAAGAAGCUACUCUGCUUUGAUUAUUGUAAACUAUAUUAGUAAUAUAUUGCAAUUAAAAUAA